AAACUCAACCAGAUGGAUCUCCCUGCAGUGAAACGGAGUUCAUUUACUUUUCUGCUGCUGCUCAGUCUGCACCACAUCCUCUCUGCUGAAAUAACCCUGAAGGAACAGCUGGCUGAUUGUUUGAAUGACACCGACUAUGGAGAACUACUGCAGAUAGCGCAGAAAGGCCUCACACCUAUAAAUUCUUGCCGUCUGCAUGUUGCCAUUGUUGGAGCUGGGAUAGCUGGACUGACAGCAGCUAAACUUCUUAAAGAUGCAGGACAUACGGUGACCAUACUGGAGGCAAGUGGACGAGUUGGAGGCCGGGUGGAGACCUACAGGGAUAAAGAUGGGUGGUACGUCGAACUGGGUGCCAUGAGGAUCCCAAGUACUCAUCAUAUCCUCCACACGUUUAUCGACCAUCUGGGGAUCCAGCUGAAUCCCUUCAUCAUGGAUGACAACAACACCUUUGUCCGAGUGAAUGGGAAGACACACCGAACCUCUGAAGUGAAAAAGAACCCAAACAUCCUGAACUACAACUUGCCACCAAAUGAAAAAGGAAGACCAGCCAGUGAACUGCUAUACGAAGCUUUAGAACCGGUGAGAGAAGAAGUGAGGAAACAUGGGUGUGAAGCUAUGUUACAAAAGUUUGACCGCUUCUCUGUCAAGGAAUAUCUGGAAGAAGAAUCUAAUUUGAGUCAAGAGGCGAUCAGGUUGAUGGGCGACAUGCUGAAUGAAGACAGCCUCAUGCCUCUGGCUCUGACUGAGAUGAUUUACCUGGAGAAUGACAUCAACGACCAAACUUCGUACGAUGAGGUGACAGGUGGGACUUAUCUUAUCACCGAUGCUUUUCAUAAACUCCUCAUUAAUCAAAUCCAUUUAAAAGCAAAGGUUCUGCAUAUUAACUAUUCAGAUGAAUCCAUAAUGUUGGGGUAUCAGAAAGACCAGAAAUAUCAGAAGCUUGAAGCUGACUAUGUCCUGGUAACGGCGUCUGCUAAAGCAGCUCUGUUGAUUGACUAUGAUCCACCUCUCUCCACUAAAAAGAUGGAGGCUCUGAGGUCAGUCCACUAUGGAAGCUCCACUAAAAUCAUUCUUACCUUCAGUGAAAAGUUCUGGGAAAAAGACGGCAUCAGAGGAGGAAAGAGCAUCACAGACCGUCCAUCUCGUUUCAUCUACUACCCCAGCCACAGUUUCCCAGACAAACACAACAUCGGCGUCCUCCUAGCUUCGUACACCUGGGCUGAAGACUCUGACCUCUUCUUAGCCUUGAGUGAUGAAGACCUGAAACAGGUGGUUCUGAAGGAUUUGGCCCUGAUCCACGGCGACCAGGUCAGGAAUCUCCUCACCGGGGUAAAGGUGAAGAAGUGGAGUCUGGACCCAUACAGCAUGGGUGCCUUCGCUCUCUUCUCACCAUAUCAGCACCAGCAGUAUGCUGCGGAGCUCUUCAGGAAUGAAGGAAGGGUACACUUUGCUGGGGAGCACACAGCCUUUCCUCACGCUUGGAUUGAGACCGCUAUGAAGUCUGCGAUCAGGGCGGCCAAGAAUAUUAACAACCUGGGAUACCAGCAGUCAGGCAAUUGUGAAGCCAGGGAUGAGCUCUAAAGCCACAAGUCUGGAAUCUAUUAUCCUCUUUUAUUGUUGCUGCUGAUUCAUUUUCCUUCAUAUUCGUGGCAUCAGAUCCUACCACGACACGUUCACUUGUUCUUUUCUUAUCUAAAUCUCUUAGUGUUGGUGCAUUGUUUGCUUGUUUGUUCUCUUUUAGUUGAGAUUGAUUGAUUUAAAUUGACAAAUAGCUUAAAACCUGUUUGUCUACAAGUCUUUUAACUUCUAAUUUUAGCUUCCUCUGCGAAUAAUUGAAACUGGAUAACAGUUCUAAUCUGUUUUUGUGUUCGCUUGGGAGAAAACUGAUUAUUUUAUACC